AUGGAAGCGGUCACUCUAGAAAACCAAACUAUUACAGAAUUUGUCCUCCUUGGUUUCCAUGACGUAGCUGAGCUGCAUCUCCUUUUCUUUAUCGUGUUCACUGUCAUCUAUGUCUCCACUGUCGCGGGGAAUGUGCUAAUCGUUGUGGCGGUGGUUAGCUCACAGAGGCUCCACACACCCAUGUAUUUCUUCCUGGCUAACCUGUCCUUCCUGGAGAUCCUCUACACCUCCACAGUGGUCCCAAAAAUGCUGCAGGGCUUCUUGCAGGAGGCAGCCAUCUCUGUGGCCGGAUGCCUGCUCCAGUUCUUUAUCUUCGGCUCUCUAGCCACGGCUGAAUGCUUCAUGCUGGCCAUCAUGGCCUAUGAUCGCUACCUGGCAAUCUGCUAUCCACUCCGCUACCCUCUCCUGAUGGGGCCCAGAGGAUGCUUGGGGCUGGUGCUCGUUGCUUGGCUCUCUGGCUUCAUGGUAGAUGGACUGGUUGUAGCCCUAAUGGGCCAAUUGACGUUCUGUGGCCCCAGCUACAUUGAUCACUUCUACUGUGACUUCACGCCUUUGAUGGGCCUGGUCUGCUCGGAUCCCCAUGUCACCCAGAUGACAACAUUCAUUCUCUCUGUGGUCUGCCUCACUGUCCCCUUUGGACUGAUUCUGACAUCCUAUGCCCGGAUCGUUGUAGUUGUGCUAAGAGUCCCUGUGGGGGCCCAGAGGCGAAAGGCUUUCUCCACCUGCUCCUCCCACCUGGCAGUAGUGUCCACCUUCUAUGGAACUCUCAUGGUCUUGUACAUUGCACCCUCUGCUGUCCACUCCCAGCUCCUCUCCAAGGUCUUUGCCCUGCUCUACACUGUGGUCACCCCUCUUCUCAAUCCUGUGAUUUACACCCUGAGGAAUAAGGAGGUUCAUUAUGCAUUGUGGAGGCUUCUGUAUAUUAAGCACACUGAAACACGUGAUUGA